UUACGUAUUAAUACCUUCGGAACAGUCGAAAUUAGUGGAAAAGUGUACUUAAAUGGGUGCAGGGUGAAACUCCAGCAGUAGGCUUUAAAAGAUCUCAAAAAAAAAAAAAAUAACAACUAAAUUUAAAAUAACAGCAAAUAUGUGAACAAAUAGUUUAGCAAUAGACAAAGUGCAUUUAAAAAAGUGGGACUCAUAGAAAGCAACCUCCAACUAUUAAAUAUAAUUAUAAUCCUUACACAUUUCAGCAUCUUUUCAUUGAGCGACGAAUAUGGCCAAAAAGAUCCCAUUCAAUGUUGUUUUCGCCUCCGAUGAAGAUCCCGCCUUUCCUGCUAGCGAACUCAACACACAUGGUCCGACUGUGCAUGGUUGGCGUAGUGCUCCCGGUAACACCAUCACACCACACGAUAUCGUACUGCGUUUCCACCGACCAGCGAAGAUAUGUCGAAUACAAAUAUUAGCGCAUCAGUUCCAUAUUCCUGAGAAAGUUGAGCUAUGGCUGCACUACUCGCCGAAGGGCAUACCGAGCACACCAUCCUCACAGUGCUUCGAUUUCCUCGGCUUUGUCGCACUCUCCGACAACGCGGCCACCAAUUACAAGUCACGUGAACUGCAAAGCGUGUCGGUGAAUCCGCGACGCGGUACACAUCUGAAGUUACGCCUCAGCGGCGCACAUCGCAACGACUACAAUCCGGACGAACAAGUUGCCCUGAUUGCGGUCAACGUUUUGGGCGAAGAGUUGAAUAGGAAUGUUACCGUCGCAGCAGCAGAAAGUGCUGCGCAAGUAGAGAACGCCGGCGGCAAUGGCAACGGCGCUGCUGCUGUGAGCAAUGAGCAAAGCAAUACCGAUGUAGUCGCUCCGACUGGGUCUGCUGCUGAGCCAGCUUUGAUUUCCAUAUGCGAUGAUUUGCUUUUUUCCAUGUAUGUCGAGGAGUCCAUUGCGGAGAUUAUACGCGAAAUGGAGGAGAAGAAAUUGCAGGCGGUCGGCGCAGAACGUUUUGAGUAUGCGCGCAAGUUGAAAUUAUGUAUGACAGCGUUGCGCACGGCCGGUGAGCGUUUGGGCCGUUACGCGCUGGCUAAACGUCAGGCGGUGCAACAGGAGGAUUUCACUACCGCUAAGCUGCGGAAAGAGCAAAUAGAAAUGUAUAAGUCGGUGGUGUUAAAACACCUGUUGGUCAAUGAUUUACUGGAAGCGAACGGCUUAAAUGCUUCUAAUGAUUUAGCCAGCGAAGUGUAUGCCAGCAAACCGAUAUUGCCACCUGCGCCGAGUCUGCAAGACGUCGCACAAGCGCUAGCCGAAGCGCACUACCAAACAAGCACAAUGAGCCCGAAGAGCGUACAAGACGAUCGUUCCUCCCUGGAUGGUUGUAGUUCGAGCGGCGGCGGUGGUUGUAGUGGUACUACCAAUUCCGCAUCAGCUGGUAUAGCACAAACUCAUGCAAAUGAUACUCUCUCACUUUCAUCAAAUGCGAAUCUGCGGAAGUCACACGACGACAUACCCGUCUCGCCCAAGUUGGGGAAAGGACGUAGUCCCAGUCGGCAUAGUUCGCCCAUGUCCAGUCGUCAAGGUUCAUUGCGCCGUAGAAACAAAAGUGCGCCUCGAAAUUCCUAUGAAGAUUAUGAAGAGCGCGCUGUUCCGGCGUUGAGACAUUCAAAUACUAAUGAAUUUUUAAGGGAAUGUCAAGGUACUGCUCUACUGGAGGCCGAUCCCAAUCGCGGACGUUCGCGCUUAAACGAUCGCGAACGUCGUCAGGCUGCACUGCCGAUACUCGUGUUCGGCAAUGAUAUGGUUGAACAAUUCUAUUCGCGUCAAUUUCAGGAUCGCGAGGAUGGUUUGAUUAGUUUGCGUAACUUUCUAAAGGGCGUGGAUGCCGAACAGUCGAAUACACAUGCAAACAAUUCGGGCAGCGAGAGUACGGCCGGUCCUAACAAGGUGGCGCGCAGUGCUGCGCUUCUACUCCACCGCGCCGUACGCGACGCUGUCUACUCGGUGUUCAGUCAAGCCACCGAAACUGUACGCGUGCUCUUUCUUGAAUAUGUGCCUAGACGUGUGUCACAAAGUGAAGUGGCACGUUGCGUCGACCGUUUGCUGCCCGAACUCUUAGCCAAGUCUGGUGAUCCAUCAGCGCGUAUCCACACUUUGGCCCAACACACCAUACUUAGUAUUGCCGCUUGUCCAGAGGUAAUCGAGCAGCAUCUGGUGGCGCCAGCGCUUUCACGUAGCGUUAGUUCGGGCACACAUCCACGGUUGGCGCUUAGUCGCAUGCAAAUGCUGGAGCAAUUGGUACUCAGUCAAGGCAUCGGCACCGAUAAGCAUAGCGGUUUAACCUGUCGUGCACUUUCCGAGUGCGGUUGCUCGGGUAUACAUCAUCCCGCUGAGCCGGUGCGUAAGGUGGCCGAACGUAUUUUAUUGCUGGUAUAUAAAGUGAAUCCACGUCUAGUGCGUAAGCAGCUACCACCGGACGAUGACAUAACCAGACGCAAUCUGCUCUAUCGUCAAUUGUUCACCGAAUUUGAUAAGUUGGAUUUGGAGCGUAAGAAAGAAAUGCUAGAAGCAAAUAAAUACUCCGCACACAAUAACAGUGAUCCAAUAACACCACCACCAAACCGUGGACGCAAUGAUUUGGAGCACUUGCAGCAAGCCACGGGCAGCGCUGGCGGUAGUAGCUGCGGUGGUGGUCCUGGUAGUGGUAGCGACAGCCGUAGCAGUCCUUAUGGUUAUAUGUAUAGCACAAAAUCACCGGAUCUGCAGUCCAGUCCGAUGCGUCGCUCUGAGACGCGCAUACUGAAAAGUAAAAGCGGUCAUGCGCUGGGCGGCACGAAUGGUUACGCGAGUGGUAGCAGUGGCGGAGGUAACGGAGUAAGUAGUGGCAGUACCGGCGGUCUGAUAGGCACAUUUUCUAACUGCAAUGGCAAGCAGCAAUACAAUGAGCAACUAAAGCGUUCGAUGAUAUCUGCUAGCAACUCUAGAAAAGGAUCAAAUUCGAACUCGAAUUCGGAAUCAUUGGAAGACCCACCCGAUUUGAUCCACUGCCCGUUUUGCGAUUGGUGCUGUAGUAGCAGCGAUCAGUCUCAAUUGGAUCGACACUACUGGAAGUCCUGUCCUUUCCUAACCAAGUGCCCUCAAUGCAGCCAAGUACUGGAAGUGGCGGCCUUAAAUUAUCAUCUCACAAAGGAAUGCGAGGCCAAGGAUAGCUAUGUGAUGUGUGACCGCUGCACCGAGUCGGUGCACAAACAGUUGUAUGACUUGCAUCAAAUGGAAGACUAUUGCCGCGAAUUGAAGACAGGUGCUGCGCGUUGUCCACUGUGCCACGAUGAUGUACAUCUGCCACUGGAUGGUGGCUGGAAGUUACACUUACUUAGCUCUACAGGUUGUCCCGGCAACACUAGACGCCGUGCAAAAAAAUCAAACUAACUUUAAUGUUUAGCGAAUUUUAGUAAUAACAAACACAUACAUACUAUGUAGAUUACAUGAAGUUUAGAAAGCGAAUUAUUAACUACUCUUUACUGGAAGAGUUGUAGUGCUGACUGCACAAUUAAACACACACAAAAACAAAAACAAUUUCAAAAGGGUAGGCAACAAAAAAAAAAAAAAUUAACAAAGGAUAAUUUCGAAAUUUCGCUUUCAAAGGGAUGUACUGAAAGCCUUCAUUCAUCGGAUUUAAUAAUCGUUAAAUGAAUUUUGUUAUAACUACGCGAAAUAAGUGUUUAUACCCAUACAGGCGCAACUGAGAACGUGUACAUAAAUAUAUACGUAAACUUAUAUUAGGGAUUUGUGCAAAGUAUGUUAAAAAUAAUUCUCGAAAGCGUAAAAGACGUUUUUAAAACAACUAAAAAGUUAAUUAUAACCGCUUUAGUAAGAAUGCAUAUACAUACAUAUUCUAUUUGUACAAUUUGCAGUUACUUAAUGCGUUUUAUAAUCGAAU